CUCUGCGCAAUGCCUGCUGUCGAAAAUGUUGCGAUCAUUGGCGGUGGCCUCGCCGGGCUUUCCCUGGCAUUAGCCCUGCACCAGCAGUCGAUCUCAAGUAUCGUGUAUGAAUUGCGGUCUGAGCCUCGCGACCUAGGCGGUGCCAUUACUUUAUCGCCCAAUUCUCUAAAAAUUCUUGAUCUUUUGGGUGUUUACGAAUCCGUUGUGUCUCAAGGUUUCCGAUGCAAUGCCUUCCACUUUCGAACGGAGAACGACGAACCCUUUGAUUCAUACGAGAUUGGCAGCGAGGAGAAGUACGGAUAUCCAGGCCUACGCGUUUACCGAAAAGUGCUUAUCAAGGCUCUCCUAGCUAAAUGCACGGAGAAGGACAUUCGAAUUAUUUUCGACAAGAAAUUCAAGCGGAUUUUGUCGGAAACUGCGGCAGGAGUGACAUGGGAAUUCGACGACGGCACAGUCGGUACAGCUGCCAGCUUGGUGGGAGCAGACGGGAUUCAUUCACGCGUCCGAUCCUAUCUUGACUCCAGAGCAGAGCCUCAAUUUACUGGUGUCGUGGGAGUUGCGGCGACUAUUCCGACGGACCAGGUGAAUAUCCCGCAGGACUAUCAAAUGCCCGUCACAAUUAUGAACAAAGCAUACGGGGCUUAUAUCCUGGCCCAAAACCUCCCUGAUGGCUCAGAGAUGAUUAUUUUGAAGCAGAAACGUUCCCAUGCGCUCAGUCGCCAAGGCUGGGAGCAUCUUUUGACGGAGAACGAGGAGUGUGUAGACUUCCUCAAACAGGAUGCAGAGUUCUUUCCGGACAUUGUCCGCAUGGCUGUCGCGAAAAUCGAUCCCGAUACCAUCUUCUUAUGGCCCUUUCACCAGGUGCCAGAGAUGAAGCAAUGGUCGUCCGAACAGGGUCGAGUGUCAAUCAUAGGCGACGCUGCGCAUGCGAUCCCCCCAUCAUCGGGACAGGGCGCAAAUCAAGUCUUUGAAGAUGCCUACACCUUUGCACUCAUAUGUGGUCGGUGCGACAGCAGCGCAUUGGCCCAGGUGCUACCGAAAUGGAAAGAAGGCCGACAGGAACGGGUGAAUAGGCUCAUUACCUUGGCAGAACAGAUGAACGUACGACGCUUGCCAGAGGGAGCAAAUAUGCUCAGCAUGGAGGCAAUUGGCAGUGAAGAUUUUCACAUGGACUGGCUCUUCAAACCCAACUUUGAAGAAAUGGUGCAACAGUGGAUGGAGUCUUAGAGGAAUUGACGCAAUUGGGACUUGAGCGAGCACUGGCAGGCUAUGAGAAGGCCCUCGGUCCCGAU